AUGUCUGGUUGGGUUCCCAGCGAUUUCCCGUCACUUCCUGGUGAAUGGAUCGAGGUUGCAAUGAACGAAACAACAGUCUUUGCCGGAAUCAAAACCCAGGGCAGCAGUGUGAUCGAGGCUUGGGUCACGACCUUUAACCUGGCCAUCUCAAACGAUACUCUGACCUGGACGUAUAUCUCCGACUCAAACAACGUCACCCAACUAUUCAAUGGAAACGUCAACCAAAACAGUACGGUAACAAACUACUUCGACGAGGUGUACGCGAUUUAUUUUCGGGUUUAUCCCAUGACGUGGCACAUCAGAAUCGGAUUGCGCUAUGAGUUACUUGGAUGCAGGCCGUAUAUGAAGUUUAAACAUAUGUUGGGAUGCGAGCGAUGUGAGACGACAUACUACUGUCCUGGCGAUGGUUCUCGCUCUGCAUGUGGACGAUGUGAACCGCCAAGCGAGGACUGUGAUCGGUCGCCUGUAGAACACUCCUACGGCCACGCCACCGAAUGUAGCCCGUGUCCACCGGGGCAUUUUUGUGAUGAUCAUUGCGUCGAGUGUGAGGCUGGAACGGCAUGCUUUGAUGGUGUUAGGACAGAGUGCAAACCAGCCUUUUAUUCCAUAGGUUAUGGACAAGAUGAGUGUCUACCGUGUUCAGACGGCACCUACCAGUCUCUACCACGACAACCAUCUUGUGAAUGCUGUCCUAGUGGUUUUACCAGUAACAUUGGCAAGUGGGAAUGCGCCCCCUGCGAGUUUAAUCAGUACUCCGAUUCGGAGUGUGGGGAUUGCCUUAUUUGUUCAUCUCCGUACGAUUGUCCAUGCAUGGUUGUGCCAAGGCCUUGCUUUGAAGGAGUGACGUGUGUUAAUACAGGGAGGGGCCAGUUUCUCUGCCUGGAUUGCCCACCCGGUUACGUGGGAGACGGGGAUGACUGCAUAGAUAUCGAUGAGUGUGCUGACCACGACCCCUGUUGGCCUUCCGCUGGAUGUUACAAUCUAUCACCGGGUUAUAUCUGCGGGAGAUGUCCCAAGGGAACCGAGGGAGACAUCAUACAUGGAUACGGUUUAAACCACACAAGAGAAAAUAGACAGAUCUGUACCGAUAUUGAUGAAUGUCUGAUCGAUAAUGGAGGAUGCGAUCCAAACGCACAUUGCAAUAACACGCAGGGAAGUUACUACUGUGGAGGGUGUCUAUCGGGUUUCCUCGGUAAUAACGAGAUUGGAUGUACACUCGGUGUAGAUCAUUGUGCAUUAGGAACCCAUGAAUGUGACGAGCAUGCCUCUUGCCACUAUACACGGCCAGGAUACUAUUACUGUUUGGUAUGGAGUGCUCACUGA